UACACGUCAGUUAGAAUAAAUUUUUUUAAAAAAGCAAAAAAAAAUUAUUUAAAGAAUUAAUUGACUUCAAUCUAUGGGAGAAGACAGUUCGAGGCGCCUCCCGCGUUGGUGGUUUGGUGGGGUUUGUGCGGCAAUCGCAGUGACCGUUACCCAUCCGCUGGAUCUCAUCAAGGUGCAGCUGCAGACCCAAACACAAACGAACCAGAAGCCCGUGGGGGAGAUCCUUAAAAGCAUACUCCAGCGGAACGGCUUACUGGGCUUUUAUAGUGGCAUUUCGGCAUCCUGGUUCCGGCAGCUGACCUACACCACCACCCGAUUUGCCUUGUACGAGGCUGGAAAGGAUUACGUCGACACGAAAAACGUAACUUCCAAGAUGGCGCUGGCCACCUUUGCAGGACUCGUGGGUGGGGUUGUGGGCGUGCCCGGGGACGUGGUCACAGUGCGACUCCAGAACGACAUUAAAUUGCCGGAGGAGAAGCGACGUAACUACAAGCACGUUUUCGACGGCCUUUUUCGCAUCUACAAAGAGGAGGGCGUGUCCAGUCUCUUUCGCGGCUCAUUGCCAGCUGUUUCCAGAGCAGUGCUGCUGACCAUCGGAACGAAUGCGGCCUACGACCAGGUGAAGCAGAUGCUCAGGACCGCAACCGGGGCAGCCGAAGGAGUUCCACUGCACUUUGCCACUUCCACGAUAGCUGGAUGCAUUGCUGUGGUGAUAACGCAACCGCUCGAUGUGAUCAAGACCACUUUUAUGAACGCCAAGCCGGGAGAGUUCUCCGGGCUUGGAGGGGCCUUUCUCAGUAUCGCCAGGCAGGGUCCCUUGGCGUUCUACAAGGGAUUUAUUCCGGCCCUGAUACGGGUUAGUCCCAAUACGAUCAUCACCUUCGUUUUGUACGAGCAGGCGCGAAUGCGAUUUGGAUAUCUACCGCCAGAGAAAUAGUGAUGCUCCCAAAUCUAUAUCCAUUUCGAAUAUCUACUUAAAUUAUAUUUUAUACUCGUGAUUAAGGAAUAAAGAAUCUUUCGUAAAA